GCCAUUGUUGCGGAGCAUGAGGAGUAGGGUAGGGUCGGGGAAGGGGAUUCGGAGGGCGGACAGGGGGGUCCCGCCGCGCCGAUUUCUUCACGGGCCGCCGAGUGGUCGCUCCUAGCGCCCUAAACCGCCGCGCUCUUUGUCUUCAAAGCUGCGGAGUCGCUCUGUGACGGAGGCCGGGGGUGGCGGCCCUUCAUCCCGGACGCACCGAGCUCGGCUGCCGAGAGAAAAAGAAUUUGUGCUUCACCUAUCAAGUUUCAGAGCAUUCCCUCAUUGUCGAUUUCUCCCGGACUAGAGGCUCCCCCAUCUGUUUGGGUGUUUCCACAGAGUCUCCUGUUGAUCCUCGAGAAUUACAGAAACUGCAGACGAUGAUGCACCAUCUGACACACUGUCCCCAGGUCUUCGGACAAAGUGCCCUGCUGAUUCUACGGAAUUAGAAGAUGGAGACAAUGAUAGCACGCUGUAUCACAUACCAUCCCCAGAACUCAAGUCAUGUCUUCAGGAUUUGACGUUGCAGCAGUUUGAUUUAGAAACUCCGUCACCAAGUCCAAGUGAGCUGGUCUUUGUCAAAGCCUCGGUGGGGAUCCUCAAGAAUCACAGCCCUGAAAAGAUGUUGUUGCACCGUCUGACACACUGUCCCCAGGACAUAGUAACCUUCUCCGAUGUGGCUGUGAGCUUCAGCCCAGAAGAGUGGACAUGCCUGGAUGCCUCUCAGCGAAAGCUCUACAGGGACGUGAUGCUGGAGACCUACCAGCACCUGCAGGCCAUCGGACAUUCCCCCGUGAAGCCUGUGAUGAUCUCCUGGCUGGAAGUAGGAACCCUGAGCCCGGGGAGUGUAUGUGCAGAACUCCAACCGCAGCUUCAGGAUGUGGCACCGCCACAGUUUGAUUUGGGAACGAUCUCAUUGAAUAAGCGUGAGCUGGGAAACAGCCAGCUCCAGUGGAACGUCUCUGAUCCUGCUCACUGUGACCAAUUCUUGAGUGAGCAAUCCUGCCUUCAUCCCUGUGGGGAUGCAGAGACAGCCGUGACAUUCUCACAUGAUUGGAAGGAAGAGAGUGACCUUGCUCCGAAAAAUUUCUCCCCUGGAAGAAGUUCCACGCAGUCUGUUCUGCUCAGACCUCAAGCCCAGUCCCCCCAAGUAGUGCAACCCAUGGACUGUGGGAGAGGAGCACUGUUUAUAGUUGGUCCUUCACACCAACAGGCCCACAAGCAAAUUCACUAUGUACUGACCCCAUCCAAGUGUAAAAAUUGUGGGGGAACCUUCCCAUGUUCUCAGCACCCUGAUGUUCCUUUAGAAACCUACAGUGAACAGAAAUUUCAGCAGUGUCAGCAGCGAGGACAAAACUUGAGUCAAGGGUUACCCUCUUGUGAUGAUAUUCACGUAAAUGUAGGAGAGAAACCACAUAUAUGUGAAGAAUGUGGGAAGGCCUUCGAUCGAUCCUCAGACCUUAUUAUACAUAGGAGAAUUCACACUGGAGAGAAAUCCUACGUUUGUAAUGAAUGUGGGAAGGCCUUCUUUCAAUCAAGGUACCUCACUAUGCACAGGAAACGUCAUAGUAGAGAGAAACCUCAUCAAUGUCAGAUAUGUGGGAAGGCCUUCAGUUUCCCCUCAUGCCUUACUAAUCAUAUGAAAAUUCAUAGUGGAGAAAAGCCUUAUCUAUGUAAAGAAUGUGGGAAGGCCUUUAUUAAUUCCUCAGGCCUUACUAGUCAUCUAAGAAUUCAUACUGGAGAGAGACCUUAUGUUUGUAAGGAAUGCGGGAAGGCCUUUUCUCAAUCUGGGCAUCUUAAUAAGCAUAGGAAAAUUCAUAGUAAAGAGAAACCUCAUAUAUGUCAGAAAUGUGGGAAGGCCUUCACUUUUCCCUCACACCUUACUAAACAUAUGAAAAUUCAUAGUGGAGAGAAACCUUAUCAGUGUCAUACGUGUGGGAGAGCCUUCACUCUGUUCUCAGGUCUUACAACACAUAUGAAAAUUCAUAGUGGAGAGAAACCUCACCAGUGUCAGACAUGUGGGAAAGCCUUUACUGUGCACUCUUCCCUUACUGUGCAUAUGAGAAGUCAUACUGGAGAGAAACCAUAUAUAUGUCAGGAGUGUGGGAAGGCCUUUUCUAAAUCUUCAGAACUUUCUCUACAUAGGAGAAUUCACACUGGAGAAAAACCAUAUAUAUGUAAGGAAUGUGGGAAGUCCUUUGAUUAUUCCUCAGAGCUUACUCUUCAUCUAAGAAUUCAUACCGGAGAGAAACCUUAUGUUUGUAAGGAAUGUGGGAAGGCCUUUGUUAAUUCCCCAGGCCUUACUCGUCAUCUAAGAAUUCAUACUGGAGAGAAACCUUAUGUUUGUAAAGAAUGUGGGAAGACCUUUUCUCAAUCUGGGCAUCUUAAUAAGCACAGGCAAAUUCAUAGUAAAGAGAAACCUUAUGAAUGUCAGAAAUGUGGGCAGGCCUUCACUUUCCCCUCACACCUUACUGAACACAUGAAAAUUCAUUAUGGAGAGAAACCUCAUCAUUGUCAUACAUGCGGGAAGGCCUUCGCUCUGCCCUCAGCUCUUACAGCACAUAUGAAAAUUCAUAGUGGAGAGAAACCUCAUCAGUGUCAGACAUGUGGGAAGGCCUUCACCCUGCGCUCUUACCUUACUCUGCAUAUGAGAAUUCAUACUGGAGAGAAGCCUUAUGUAUGUCUGGAGUGUGGGAAGGCCUUUACUUCAUCCUCACCAUUGAGUGUACAUAGGAGAAUUCACACUGGAGAGAAACCGUUUAAAUGUAAGGAGUGUGGGAAGGCCUUUGCUAUGGCUUCAAUACUUAAAGUGCAUAGGAGAAUUCACACUGGAGAGAAACCAUAUGUAUGUAAGGAAUGUGGAAAGGCCUUUGCCAGAGCCUCAAAACUUAGUCUACAUAGGAAAAUUCAUGCUGGAGUGAAACCGUAUAUAUGCAAGGAAUGUGGGAAGGCCUUCUGUCAAUCUCAGUACCUUGCUAGGCACAGGAGAAUUCAUAGUGGAGCUAAAACUCAUCAAUGUCAGGCAUGUGGGAAGGCCUUCACUCUGUGCUCUUCCCUUACUCUACAUAUGAGAAUUAAUACUGAAGAGAAACCAUAUAUAUGUCAGGAAUGUGGGAAUGGCUUCAUGUUCCCAUCAAGUUUUGUAGCCCCUCAAAAUUUAGUAAACAAUUCAUACUGGAUGAUUUGAUUCCUUAACAGUCUCUAAGGUCAGAGCAGGCCCACUCAGUAAAGCAAGUCUCCUUUGGACAAGAGGGUCAGGGUGCUACAAAUAUGCAGCCAAGAGGAAACAGGCCUGCCUUCUUGGAACAGCCUUCUCACGUCAGAAAAAGGUACUGCAGAUUUUCACCCAGGCCACAGCUAUGCCAGUGUCCUGGUGCUUGGGCUUUUGUGUCUGUUAACUUGUAAACAAUGGGUCUUGGUGAUGAAAUAAGAGGAAGUUAACUAAAUAAACAAGUAUGAAAACA